GACGUACAAUACAAAGCUAGCUGCCUCUCAUCAACAUGGCCCUCCAAGCUCCGAUCAUCAACAUGGCGUCCCUGGGCAGCAGAGCUGCCGGCCGCCGUCGUCCCACGAUGCUCCAGCAGAUCGCGCUCUUCGUCGUCGUCGCGGCGGUCAUUAUGAACAGCUCCGUCUGCGUCGGAGCCGCCGGCCACGACGCCGCUGUAGUAGGCACAGACCCUAACCACCCUGCUUUCCCGUCGCCGCCUGGUAAACCCUACACCGGCGGCCGUGGGUGCCGCACGAUUUACGGGUGUCGUGAUGUACCACCGGCGGGUGGCCAGCCCUAGAUACACCCGUGCACGCACCCAUCUGUCAAAAUAAUGCAAGGAGGCAAGGAUCGAUCGAUAUACGGCGACCUAGAUGCAUAUACUAUAUGCAUGCACGCCUCUUCAGCACAAGUUCUUUACUGCCAUACAGCACCUUAUACACACCAGAAAUACCGUAUCGUGAUGUACUUGUACCUACUUGGACUCGAAUAAAACUGGAUUAUUGCAUGUCUGGAUUUUCAUGUGAAUGCAUGGCCAAUUU